AGCAAUUCCGAACGACGUGGGAGGGAACCCCAGCUAAGCGAGGAGAAAAGAAAAGAAAAGAAACAGUCGCCUUUCAUCAACAAAACACGAAAACUUAGGGAUCCCAUUUUCCUUAAAAAUCUCAAGAAUCCGACUUCCAUAUUCGGCAGCGGCCCAUCAAUCAACUCGAUCUCUGCUCUGCUGCCUGAUUUUUCACUGUUCUUAUUCGAUUUAUACGAACAUCGGAUCAAUUUAUUGUUCUUUUUACGGAUUAAGCUGCUUGGAAGGGAUAUACUCGUUGAUUUGUGUAUUAGCUUGUUAAAUUUAAUUAAUGAAGCAUAGUUAGAAGCUGUAGUUGAUCUGUUGUUACAUUGAAGUGAUUCCAGGCGCUGCCGUUUCCCCGAUCUGAUCCAAGUUUAACUGCAAAUGGCAGCAGUCAGUGUAGGGGUUGGAUCACUUGUUUGGGUGGAGGAUCCAGAUGAGGCUUGGAUAGAUGGGGAAGUUAUUGAGGUUACUGGUGAAAACAUCAAGAUUGCUUCUACUUCAGGAAAGACGGUUGUUGCCAAGUCAUCACAUGUAUAUCCUAAAGAUGCCGAAGCACCACCAUGUGGAGUGGAUGAUAUGACUAAGCUUGCUUAUUUGCACGAACCAGGGGUUCUUGCUAACUUAAGAUCUAGAUACGAUAUAAAUGAGAUAUAUACUUACACAGGGAGUAUAUUAAUAGCUGUAAAUCCUUUCACAAGAUUGCCACAUUUGUAUGAUAGCCAUAUGAUGGCACAAUACAAAGGGGCAGCAUUUGGGGAAUUGAGCCCCCAUCCUUUUGCAGUUGCAGAUGCAGCAUACAGGGUUAUGAUCAAUGAAGGGAUAAGUCAGUCAAUUUUGGUUAGUGGAGAGAGUGGAGCUGGUAAAACUGAAAGCACAAAACAGCUCAUGCGUUAUCUUGCUUACAUGGGAGGUAGAGCUUCAACUGAUGGAAGGAGUGUUGAACAAAAAGUCUUGGAGUCCAAUCCUGUGUUGGAAGCUUUUGGUAAUGCGAAAACUGUCAGAAAUAACAACUCAAGUCGUUUCGGUAAGUUUGUGGAGAUUCAGUUUGAUGAGAAGGGAAGAAUAUCUGGGGCUGCUAUCAGAACAUAUUUGUUGGAAAGAUCUCGUGUUUGUCAACUAUCUGAUCCUGAGAGGAAUUAUCAUUGCUUCUACAUGCUUUGUGCUGCACCACCUGAGGAUUUAAAAAGAUACAAAGUGGGAGAUCCAAAGACAUUUCAUUAUCUUAAUCAAUCAAACUGCUACCAGAUAGAUGGGCUAGAUGAAAGAAAAGAAUACAUUGCUACAAAGAAUGCGAUGGAUGUUGUUGGAAUUCACUCUGAGGAGCAGGAUGGAAUUUUUAGAGUUGUGGCUGCAAUUCUUCAUCUGGGGAACAUAGAAUUUACAAAAGGAAAGGAAAUGGAUUCAUCUACACCCAAAGAUGAAAAAUCUUGGUUCCAUCUAAAAACUGCUGCAGAGCUGUUCAUGUGUGAUGUGAAAUCUUUAGAGGAUUCUCUAUGCAAACGUGUAAUUGUAACACGUGAUGAGACCAUCACCAAAUGGCUGGAUCCAGAAGCUGCUGCUAUCAGUAGAGAUGCAUUAGCAAAAGUUGUUUACUCAAGAUUGUUUGACUGGCUUGUUGAUAGGAUUAAUAACUCAAUUGGUCAAGAUCCAGACUCAAAAUACAUAAUCGGAGUGCUGGACAUUUACGGAUUCGAGAGUUUUAAGACAAACAGCUUCGAGCAAUUUUGCAUCAAUCUGACAAAUGAAAAACUCCAACAACAUUUCAAUCAGCAUGUCUUCAAAAUGGAGCAAGAAGAGUAUACAAAAGAAGAAAUCAAUUGGAGCUACAUUGAAUUUAUUGACAACCAAGAUAUCUUGGAUCUCAUUGAGAAGAAACCUGGUGGCAUUAUAGCUCUUCUAGAUGAAGCUUGUAUGUUUCCCAGAUCAACACAUGAAACAUUUGCACAAAAGCUGUAUCAAACUUUUAAGAACCAUCAGCGUUUCACCAAGCCAAAGUUGGCUCGUUCUGACUUCACCAUUUGUCAUUAUGCUGGAGAUGUCACAUAUCAAACGGAUUUGUUUCCAACUUCAUCUGAUGAAUCCUCCAAAUCAUCAAAGUUCUCUUCAAUUGGUACGAGAUUCAAGCAACAACUACAACAACUGCUUGAAACUUUGAGUUCAACAGAGCCUCAUUACAUACGUUGUGUAAAGCCCAACAAUCUUCUUAAGCCUGCUAUCUUUGAAAACCAUAAUGUUCUACAACAACUUCGAUGUGGGGGAGUCUUGGAGGCUAUCAGGAUCAGUUGUGCUGGAUAUCCCACCAGAAAACCGUUUGUUGAGUUUGUUGAUCGGUUUGGCAUCCUGGCUCCUGAAGUUUUGGAUGGAAACAAUGAUGAAGUCCUUGCUUGCAAGAGGCUUCUUGAAAAAGUUGGACUUGAAGGGUAUCAGAUUGGUAAAACAAAGGUGUUUUUAAGAGCUGGACAGAUGGCUGAGCUGGAUGCUCGCAGGACUGAGGUGUUAGGUAGAUCAGCCAGCAUCAUUCAAAGAAAAGUCCGUUCAUAUAUUGCUAGAAAAAGUUACAUAUUGUUGCGUCGAUCUAUCUUGCAAAUUCAAUCUGUUUGCAGAGGUCAACUUACUCGCCAAGUUUAUGAAAGCAUGAGAAGAGAAGCUGCUUCUAUACGGAUUCAAAGAAAUUUGCGAAUGUAUCUUGCCAGAAAAGCAUACAAGGAGCUUCACAUUUCUGCUGUUUCUAUCCAAACUGGCUUAAGAGGAAUGUCUGCACGUAAUGAGCUUCGCUUUAGAAGGCAGACAAAAGCAGCAAUCUUUAUUCAGAGCCAUUGUCGCAAGUUUUUGGCUCGCUUGCACUUUGUGAAAGCAAAGAAGGCUGCAGUUACCAUACAAUGUUCAUGGAGAGGAAAGGUUGCUCGUAAAGAACUGAAAAAGCUUAAAAUGGCUGCAAGGGAAACUGGUGCACUGCAAGCUGCGAAAAAUAAACUAGAAAAGCAAGUUGAAGAGCUGACAUGGAGACUGCAACUUGAGAAGCGAAUGAGGGCUGAUUUGGAAGAAGCCAAAACACAGGAAAAUGCAAAACUCCAAUCUGCUUUACAGGAUAUGCAAUCUCAAUUCAAAGAGACCAAAGAGUUGCUCAUGAAGGAACGUGAAACUACCAAAAAGGUAGUUGAAACUGUUCCUGUCAUUCAGGAAGUCCAAGUUGUUGACCAUGAGCUCACGAAUAAGCUUACUUCUGAAAAUGAGAAGCUCAAGGAUUUGGUUAGCUCUCUGGAGAAGAAAAUUGAUGAUACAGAGAAAAAGUAUGAAGAAACAAAUAAACUCAGUGAGGAGAGAUUGAAACAAGCUUUGGAUGCAGAGACGAAAAUUAUUCAGUUAAAAACUGCCAUGCAGAGUCUUCAAGAAAAGGUUUCUGACAUGGCAUCUGAGAAUCAAAUUCUUCGACAGAAAGCAUUUUCUACAACUUCUGCACGUAUGGCUGACUACCCACAAACUCCUGAAGCUAAGAGCAUGGCGAAUGGUCACUUUGCAAGUGAGGAGACACAAACACCUGCUGCUAGGAAUUUGAAUAAUGAAUUUGACAGCAAGGCUAAAAGACCACCAGUUGAUCGUCAACAUGAAAACGUUGAUGCUCUUAUUGAAUGUGUUAAGAAAGACAUUGGAUUCAGUCAAGGCAAACCAGUUGCUGCAUUUACUAUAUACAAAUGCCUUAUCCAAUGGAAAUCUUUUGAAGCCGAAAGGACUAGCGUGUUUGAUCGUCUCAUUCAGAUGAUUGGUUCAGCCAUCGAGGAUCAAGAUAAUAAUGAACACAUGGCAUAUUGGUUAUCGAAUUCGUCUACUUUGUUGUUCUUACUGCAAAGGAGUAUUAAAUCUGAUGGUGCUAAUUCAGUUCGUAAACCUCCACCUCCAACUUCACUGUUUGGGAGAAUGACAAUGGGAUUUCGUUCAUCCCCCUCUACAGUGAACCUUGCUGCAGCUAAUGCAGCUCUAGAGGUAGUACGCCAGGUGGAGGCCAAAUACCCUGCCCUUCUUUUUAAGCAGCAGUUAACCGCAUAUGUGGAGAAAAUGUAUGGCAUUAUCCGUGACAAUUUGAAGAAGGAAUUGGGAUCAUUCCUCACGUUAUGUAUUCAGGCACCACGAGCAUCCAAGGGAGUACUACGAUCUGGGCGCUCCUUUAGCAAAGAUUCACAAUCUAAUCAUUGGCAAGGCAUCAUUGACUGCCUCAACACUCUCCUCACUACAUUGAAAGAAAAUUUCGUUCCCCCAAUCAUUGUUCAGAAAAUAUUUACUCAGAUUUUCUCAUACAUCAACGUACAACUAUUCAACAGUCUUCUUUUGCGCCGGGAGUGUUGUACCUUUAGCAAUGGAGAAUAUGUGAAAGCUGGGUUAGCUGAGUUGGAGCUAUGGUGUGCUCAGGCUAAAGAAGAGUAUGCGGGGUCAGCUUGGGAUGAACUUAAGCACAUUAGACAAGCUGUUGGGUUCUUGGUUAUACACCAAAAAUACAGAAUAUCAUAUGACGAAAUCAUCCAUGAUCUAUGCCCCAUUCUAAGUGUCCAGCAGUUGUAUAGAAUAUGCACGCUUUACUGGGAUGACAACUAUAACACCCGAAGUGUAUCUCCUGAUGUGAUUUCAAGCAUGCGGGUAUUAAUGACAGAGGACUCCAACAGUGCUGCCAGCAGUUCAUUUUUACUCGAUGACAAUUCCAGCAUACCUUUCUCUGUUGAUGAUCUGUCAAGUUCACUGCAAGUAAAAGAGUUUGCAGAUGUGAAACCGGCACUAGAACUCAUCGAGAAUCCAGCCUUCCUAUUUUUACACGAGUAAAGGCCACGGAAACAUGAACAUACACUACCCACUACCCACACACAUAUCAUAUCAUAUCAUAUAUAUAAAUAUAUUAUUCCUUAUGUUUGCAAAUAUAGCAUACGCUUUGAUUGUUGUAAAAAGGUCAAUUCUUUAUUAUUUUUUUCUUCUUGCUUCUGCCCUUUUCAAACUGUAACAUUGUUGUUACUUUCCUUUAGCAUGCCAUAUUUUUGGGUUUUUCUGCUAUGGUCAGCAGUAUUCUUUAAUCUUUAUACAAGAUAGGAGAGGGGUAUUCGUUUUGUUAUGUUAUCUGCUCAAAUGUCUGGAUUUUUAUAUUCUACACUUUUUCACUUCUUGUAAUGAAAUAUAUCAUCAGCUAC